UUUAGAUGCUAAUCUUGUGCUAUUCAGGUACCAUCCUGAUAAGAUGGAAUGAUCCUGUUGCAGCUGAUAUGUUCAAGGAGGUCACAUUUUCUUAUAAUAUCUUGUCUGAUCCAGAUAAAAGACGCCAGUAUGACACAGCUGGUUUUGAGGCUGUUGAAUCAGAUAACCAAGAAUUGGAGCUUGAUCUUUCAAGUUUGGGGGCUGUGAACACAAUGUUUGCUGCACUUUUUAGUAAACUUGGGGUUCCAAUUAAGACCACUGUAUCUGCAACUGUUUUGGAGGAGGCACUUAAUGGUAUGAUCACUAUUCGUCCACUUUUGCUGGAGCAACCUGUUUCAAGGAAGGUUGAAAAACAAUGUGCUCACUUCUACUCUGUCACAAUAACAGACGCGGAAGCAAGAGAUGGGUUUGUUUGCCGAGUACAAUCAUCUGAUAAAAGCAAGUUCAAGUUAUUGUAUUUUGAUCAAGAAGAGAACGGUGGAUUAAGCCUUGCUCUUCAGGAGGAUAGUGCAAAAACAGGAAAGGUUACAUCUGCUGGAAUGUAUUUUCUUGGCUUCCCUGUGUAUCGCUUGGAUCAAACAGUCAAUUCGGUAGCUGCUGCAAAGGAUCCGGAUACAGCUUUCUUCAAAAAACUGGAUGGAUUUCAACCAUGUGAAAUAACUGAAUUAAAACCAGGCACUCAUGUAUUUGCUGUUUACGGUGACAACUUUUUUAAAAGUGUAAGCUACACUAUAGAAGCUAUUUGUGCUGCCCCUUUCCUAGAGGAAAAGGAGAAUCUUAGAGCCGUGGAGGCUGAGAUUCUGUCCAAACGUGUGGAACUGUCAAAGUUUGAAACUGAAUACAGAGAGGUCCUGGCACAAUUUACGGAGAUGACAAGCAGAUACGCGAAGGAAAUGCAAGAGAUCGAUGAGCUUCUCAAACAAAGGAAUGAGAUUCAUGCCUCAUACACAACUGCUCCACCAAUUAAGCGAAGUUCAAGUAGGAGUAGGAGCAAGGGUGCCUCCAAAGAGGUGAAAGAAGAUGGCGAAGUGAGAGAAAGAAAACAUGCAAUGAGGGAUAGAACUAAGAAGAAGAAAUGGUAUAAUAUCCACUUAAAAGUUGACAAGAGAAAGCCGUGCUGAAUAGGUUAUAAAGAAGUUGGCAACAUUUGGGGUCUACAAGUCAUCGGUUUUUGCACCUGUAAUUUAUUGCAGUGGUUCAACAUCUGUGCAGGCAAGUAUUAGACUGCAACAGAAUAUGUUGAUCUUUGAAUGAAAUGGUUAAGAAAAUGUAACUACUUCUUCCGCAUGCCAAGGAAGGGAAGACAGCAGCGCAUUGUUAUUGUAAAAUUCGUUCUUUUUUUCCCCCAACCUUUUGCCUAGGUCUUAUCUUGUUAUUUCCCCCUUUUGUAUUCCCAACCAGAAUACUUGUAAAUUGCAGAAAAUUAAUUUUCAAGAUCCUCCUUCCAUCAACUCUUUAAAUGGGUUGUAUGUUUGGGGUAAUGAAAUGGCAGUCUAUAAGCACCUCCUAGGCCUGGUGUGUUCACUAUUGCCAGAAUAUUGUAUUAGCUGAUUGAUUCUAACUGAUGUCUUUUAAUCAUGGCGGUGAAGUGAUGUGCCAAAAGCAGUGAUUUAGUUUUAUAAA